GCUUUGUAUCCGUGAGUUUCCGAAGCUGCUUGUUUCCUCUACUUCUCAGAAUGGCUCUUACUCCCUGGUCUUUCUCUCUUUAUCACUUCUCCUUUUUAACUGAGAAAUCCCACAAGAGCAUUCAAUCAUGCCCACCAUCUCUUCUUCUCCAACCACCCAGACUUUCAGCCUUUGCCCGUUCGAUUCUUCCAAGCUUCUGCAAUGCGAGAAGGCUUGUUGCUCUCUGUGUGAAAGAAGAACAGACCCAAUCACCAGUGCUGGAUUCAGACGCUUCUCCUCCUUCUUCAAAGACUGUUCUUGUUGUUGGUGGGAGUGGUGGUGUUGGGCAGUUAGUGGUAGCCGCUCUUUUAAACAGAAACAUCAAGUCGCGGUUGUUGCUUAGAGAUCCUACAAAAGCAAUACAAUUGUUUGGUGUGCAAGAUAAGAGUAAACUAGAGGUAUGGAAAGGAGACACAAGGAAUCCCAGUGACUUAGAUCCCGCUAAAUUUGAGGGAGUUACCCAUGUAAUUUGCUGUACCGGGACUACUGCCUUUCCUUCGAGACGCUGGGAUGGAGACAACACACCUGAAAGAGUGCAAGUCAUUUCUUUCAAUUAUCUCACUAUGCCAUUUGAAGAUUGGGACGGCGUCAGGAAUCUUGUUUUGGCAUUGCCUUCAACGCUUGAUAGAUUUGUUCUUGUCUCAUCAGUUGGAGUUACGAAAUUCAAUGAGCUUCCAUGGAGUAUCAUGAAUCUCUUUGGGGUUCUUAAGUUUAAGAAGAUGGGGGAGGAUUUUGUUCACAAUUCUGGCCUACCUUUCACCAUAAUCAGGGCUGGAAGAUUGACUGAUGGGCCAUACACAUCAUAUGAUCUAAAUACACUACUUAAGGCAACUUCAGGAGAACGGCGUGCAGUCAUUAUUGGUCAAGGAGACAAACUUGUGGGAGAGGUCAGUAGACUUGUUGUAGCAGAAGCUUGCAUACAAGCUUUGGACAUUGACUUUGCAGAAGGACAAAUAUAUGAAAUCAACUCAGUUGAGGGUGAAGGACCUGGAAGUGACCCGGAGAAAUGGAAGGAGCUUUUUAAAGCUGCUACAGUUAAUUAGAUGUACUCUGGCUUUGUCUUGAUAUAUAUUUUGGUUGUCACUUCAUUGAUCUUAUGUAAGUACCUUCAUUACUCCACACUUGGCUUUUUUUUUUUCGAUGAAUUUGUUGUUUAUAAAUGAUUUCUGUAUAAAAGAUGUUGCAUGAAAACUUUAUUUGGAUCACGGAAUAAGAAUGGAAAUAA